AUGCUCAAGUUCAUUGUUGAUGUUUUCCUACCACCGCGAUUUUAUGCCACUUUGUGGACUUCUUGGCUAAGCAGUCCUCAUUUUUGGCAUUCAUCGCAUACCUUAACUGUUUUUAAACUUAACCAUCGUCCUGAAAUUACUAGUUGAAAUGUUAUUCAACAUUCACGGUGUGGAAAGCCCGAUUCUUGUUUUUACUUCUGUGUAAUCAGUGUAAAUUAUGCACUAUAGAAUCUUAAGCGUAUGUCGGAGAAGUUGAUAUCACUUCCCCAUCCACGUCGUAGUUUCUUGUUUGGCGUUUUAUCACGAGAGGUUAUGUCAAUCAAGGGUAAUUUGUGGACUCCCACUGAACCAACUCUCAUCUACUCUGAAGAGCGGUAA